AUGGCUGACAGACCAACAACGCCUCCAAUGGCUACGUCAGCCUCCGGCGGCGGACACAAGUCUCCCAUGACGCCGGAGCAGGUGCGGCGCAUGGAGAUCAGUCGUCUCAAGGCCAAGUCAUUACGAGAGCAACGAGAGGCCGACGCCGCCGCCGCUAAAUCAGCACCUACUUCAGCGGGGUCGAAGCGAUCAUAUACUGCCUUCUCACAGCAGACGCCUGCUUCCAAUCGAGAUGCCCGUGCCACCAACAGCAAGCCGCUGGAUGACAUCCGGCCCGCUCGAAUGGCCAAGUACAUUGACUAUGAUUUCAGUAAGAUGACUGAUACCAAGGGCGGAUUCAUGACCCAGGACGAUGACCCGCAUAAUAAAGCCAUGCACACACAAGAAAAAGACAACAAGCCUGCUGGCUUAACACAGAAGGAGUGGGAGAGGCAGCAACUACUCAAAUCCUUACGCAGUCAGAAAGCCGGCCCUUUCGAGCCCGGUAUCAGUGCCAUUCAAGACGACGUAGAUCAAGCCUGUCGAGAAUGCGGAGCCAGAGAGGUGGAUUGGAAGUGGCUGGACGUGUUUGGUCUUGCAGUUUGCCAGGUCUGCAAGGAGAAAGUCCCAGAAAAGUACAGUCUACUCACCAAGACCGAGGCCAAAGAAGACUAUCUCUUAACGGAUCCCGAGCUGAAAGACGAGGCCUUGUUGCCACACCUAGAACGGCCGAACCCACACAAAGCCACAUGGCACAAUAUGUUUUUGUAUUUGCGAUGCCAGAUCGAAGACUAUGCUUUCUCAGAUAAGCGGUGGGGAUCAGCCGAAGCGUUGGACGCUGAAUUCGAGCGGCGAACUGCUGAAACGAAGCGGCGGAAAGAAACCAAAUUCAAGAACAAGCUGGCAGAGUUGAAGAAGCGGACGAAAUACGAGUCCCACAAGCGCAGCAUGAAGGGCCAACACUCUGCAAACUUCGGCGAAGAUCUUGGGGAUGGCAGACAUGUUCACGAUUUUGGGAGACCAGUGGACAACCCAGAGACAGGCGUGCCGAUCAAGACAUGUACAUCAUGCGGACUCGAAGUCGAAGAGUUGGAGCUGUAG